AUGGCUGUUCCUUUUAACAUUUUCGUUUCGCCACUUUCUUUCAAAGGGUCUCUUAAAAACUCCCACUUUUUUUCUUCAUGGCACUCUGCAACUCCUCACUGUAACUGGGUUGGUGUCAUGUGUCAACUCGGACGAGUCACUUCGCUUUCUCUUCCUUCUCGUUACCUUAAAGGCAAUCUCUCUUUGUCUCUUACGUCUCUUUCGUUUCUGACUAUCCUCAACCUUGAAGAUAAUCAGUUUUUCGGUGAAAUCCCCGGUGACGUUGGUCGGUUGUUGAACCUAAAAACUCUUAGACUCGGUUCCAACUCGUUCUCCGGGAAGAUUCCAUCGGAGUUUGGGGUUCUAACGAAGCUACACACGCUUGACCUCUCCGGGAAUGCACUCGCCGGAGAAAUACCGGAGAGUAUCGGGAACUUGACCAACCUUCAGUUUUUGGACCUUAGUAACAACAUUCUCUCAGGUUCUCUUCCUGUGGAGAUUGGGAGUGCAGUGAUUCUACAAAGGCUUGUUCUUAGCAACAACCGUCUCAAAGGAAACAUUUCGAUCGAGCUUGGCGAUUGCGUUUCACUCACUACAUUGGACCUUGGGAACAUAUACAAGGCUUUAGGGAUGCCUCAAGAAGCUAUUGCAUGUUAUCAGCAUGCUCUUCAGACACGACCAAACUAUGGCAUGGCUUAUGGUAAUUUGGCCAAUGAAAAAGAAAUAAAAACAGCUACUGGCAGCAUGAGCCGCCCCAAGGUGUGGUGUGUUUGUUUUUUUUUUAGUUUAAUUUCAUUGUUUAUUAUUAGAAAUUAG